AUGCCCUCGCAAUCCGAAAACUGGAGCUUCGGCUCCUUCUAUUGCACUAUCAAUAACUACAUUGCCAACGUGACAGUGGCUGCUAGCGUACUCACCCUCACAGGAAUCACCAUAGACAGGUACUUGGCUAUUAUACGACCACUGCAGCCCCGGAUGACCAAGACGAACGCCAUGUUCGGGAUCGCCAUGAUCUGGGCGACCAGCCUACUCAUCGGGAUGCCAUGCCUAGUCUUCUCCACCACCCUCACUCACAGGGUCAAUUUUUCGAUGGAGGACAGAAUUGCUCGAUUUAAGCGUAAAACCAUGGAUGGUGGAGGACAACGAUUGCUCUCCGGUAUGUAA